GCGCACAUUGUGGAGCUGUUAACUAGAGUGCAGACAAGAGACGGCGCGGUGAAGGAAGGAGCGAGAACACGCAGAAAUCAGAAGCACUGGGCGAGGCACACGUUUACAAUGGUGUCGGACCCUCGUGGAGAGGUGAGCGGGGCGGAGGAGCAGAUAGAAGUGUGUGAAGAGACAACAGAGGAGAAAAUUUCACUGAACCAGUCCAACAGGGAGAUGGAGAACCCAGAACAAACCAACAGCAGCACAGAGGAGUCCAGGACUGGUCAGUCGGAGAGUGAGGAGAGAGCCUUCGUCAUCAAUUUAUACCAUUUUAUGAAGGAGAGAGGCACGCCCAUCGAGAGAAUACCUCACCUGGGCUUUAAACAGAUCAAUCUGUGGAAAAUCUACAAAGCCGUGGAGACACUGGGAGGCUAUGACUCGGUAACAGCUCGGCGGCUGUGGAAGAACGUGUACGAUGAGUUGGGUGGCAGUCCAGGCAGCACCAGCGCAGCCACCUGCACCCGCAGACACUAUGAGAGGUUGGUUUUGCCUUUUGAAAGGCAUCGGAAGGGUGAGGAGGAUAAGCCCCUUCCACCUUCAAAACCUCGCAAACAGUACAAGAGGAAUGAUGAGAGCAAGGGCAGCAAAUCAGAGGGCAAGAAAAGGCGAAGAACAACAGAGCGCGAUGACCUGGAGGAGAAGCUCAGAGCAGAUCACCAUUGCGAGAGGGGAGUACAUUCUCACACCAGUCCGUGGUCCAUGUCUUCAGAGCAUCCUGAGAGUGACCGGCUUGCGCAGGGCUUGCUCCAGGAUGCCUGUCCCAGGGAGAAGCCCCUCCUCCAGCCCUUGAGCCCUGCUCUGGUCAUUUCCCCUCUGGAGAAGAAGAAGCGUCUGGCGCAGGCCAGCCUGAGUGCAGUGCCCUCUGCUGCUCUGGAAGAAGGAAGUGAGCCAGAAAGACCCUCGGUGAUCCAGCUGUCCCACUCUUCCACUUCCCAAUCUCCAGCCCGCAUCAGACACGCCUCCGAUGGCUCUCCUCUUCCGCUCUCCUCUCCCUCUGCUUCCUUCUCCCGAAGCCCCUCACCCUACUCUGUGUCCUCUGAGGACUGCGUGGCCGUCCCAGCGCAGAAGAGGACACCAGCUCCUGAAGUGGAGAAGCAGCAGAAGCCGACACAGUUCAGCACUCUGCCUCACCCCGAGUCUGGCAGCUUGCGAGUUUGCAAGCCCUUAAGCCGCUAUCCCUGCCCCAAAGAACUUGCUGCCAUUCCCCGCCCAAAUUACCGAGACUUCCUGCAGGUCAGUCACACACAUCCGGACAAAAAUCAGAGGAGCUUGCCAGCUUGGGCCGUGGAGACCAAGGUCGGAGGGAGGCAGUCUGCCCUCCGGAUACCUGUACCUGCUUCCAUUGGCUCAAGCUGCUGGGUGCCCUCCGCUUCCAGCUUUACCAAGGUCCUGCCCCGGAGACCUGUUUCACUACAGCCACUUUACAAAUCACACCAUCCCCAGACCCAUCCCAAAAGACCUAGCAGCGCUGAGGCCUACAUCAAGAAGAUUUCCUUCGUGGACAGAGAGGACAAGGCUAAGAUGGUGGUGCCCAAGCCCUUGCCCAACCAGUACCUUGUCCACUCACAGGCUGGACUGCCCAUGCCUUACCUGCUCCCGGCCUUCGAACGGGCAAGAGUAGAUGCAGCAGACCAAUGGAAUAGAGUAGACGCAGUGAAAACUCUCCAGCCUGUCCUCCUCCCUGCUCAUCUCGCUGUCCCACCGUCCCAAGCCCAUCCCACACAUCCCCUACCAGUGGGAUCCUCCUUCCCUGGACCAUACGAGGCAGCCCUGCGCUCAUAUCCUUAUCCACUGCCCCUCUGGCCGCCGCCUGCCAGCUACAGUAUGGCAAGCCUUCAGCCAUAUUAACCUUAAUCUUUCAGAUCAGGACCUGUUGCUAAUGGUUGCACUCCGAUGACUUUGAUGAGCUCAUGUUCAUGACGAUGUAGCCAUGACUAAAAAGGACAGCUUGGACGUUGCCUUAGGUGGAAAACGACAGUGGACAAUAUUGUAUUUUGGAUCGCUUGACCACUGUUUCUACUUUUCCGGUUUUAAACAAAAUUUGUCACCCCAGCAUAAAAAGUACAUUUAUUAAUAUUAACUGCAGUCUAAAAGAUCUCAAUCUGGAACACACAUGGUUAGUCCAAAAUUGAAUAAAUAAAAAAAAAGAUAAUAUUUCAGUGGUACUACUCAAAUCCAAAUCACAUUUUUGUUGGCCUCCAGCAUGGCUGGUGGUUAUUUAUUUACAACCUAAUACAUGUGCCACCAAUAUCUAUGUAUUAAUGGACUAAAACUCAACUUGCAUACUAAGGACCAAAACCAAAUGCAACUUAAACUAACCAGCAGUCGUGGAUUCAUGGAAGAGACUUCUUAAGUAACUUAUUUGUUACCUUCCCGAUUAAAUGUCACCAUUUAAACAAAUCAGC